AUGUCCCCACCAAAAUUUUCAGAUUUGCACGAAGAAGCUCGAGAUUUAAUCUCCAAAGGAUAUAAUUAUGGGUUGUGCAAAUUGGAAUUUAAAUCAAAGUCAACAGCAGGUCUUCAUUUGUUGAGCAAUUGCACAAUCAACAACGACACUAAACUGUUUGCUGGCAAUUUGAAACUGCAACAUAAGUUGAAAGAUUAUGGUCUUGAAUUUGUGACUGACUUCACUAAUGAGGCACAGAUAACCAACCAGUUGCAUGUCAAAAAUUGUAUUGUCAAUGGUUUAGGGUUGUCAUUUGAGACAAUGUUUGUACCCAGCAUCAGUAAGAAGACUGCUUCCAUAAAGUCGUCGUACAAGACAAAGAAUACACACUCAACAGCUGAUUUGUACUUUGAUUUCACAGGAACUCAUCUUGACCUUUCAACCAUUUUAAAGAGUGGUAGCUGGUUUGGAGGGGUGAUGAUGAAAUUGGACGAAACGACUCCCAACAAGAAAAUUUGGCCAUGUUUGAAUUGGGCUGUAGGUUACAAGACUGGUGACUUAACCGUUGUUAACACUUUAUCGGAUUCAACCGAAUAUCAAUCGUCCAUCUGUCAGAAGAUCAGCAAAGACCUCAAAUUCGGCAUUUUGAUUGAUUACUCAAAGGUUUCAAACGAUUCUAAGAUGACGUUCGGAGCCAAAUACAACCACAAAAAAAUGGGAGUCUUCAAAAUCAAGAUGAAUAGCCAUCAGCAGAUUGGCAUAUCGUAUCAGCUUGAUAUUAAGAAAGGAGUGACGCUGAUACUGUCAACUCAGUUGGAAUGUGACAGGAAGUCUCUCAUUGGUCACAAGAUGGGGGCCGGCCUGAUGGUCGACCUCUGA